AUUGGAAGGCGCCCAGGAGGCAUCCCAAUCAGAUGCCCGAACCCCCCCAACUGGCUCCGCCCACGCUGAGCCCGGCCUGCAGUUAGGAGUACCUGAAAACAGGCGCUCCUCUCCACAGAAAGUAAAACUAGUAGUACGGUAGAGCGAACCGAACGCCGGAAGACUACCAUUUAGACUUAAUUUGCACUUAAUUUUUUGAAUUUUUCGCUCUCAAAAGAACUCAGUUUUACUAAAUUGCAGAAGAGGAAUCGUUUCGCUCUUUGCUCGUCAGCUGACAGUCACAAACGAGUCAACAGCGACCUUAUUUUUGAUCCCAUGCUUAUUCUGCUCUCGGUCUGCUUUAUUGCUGCUCCUCCGAUAGCACGGACCUGUGGCCCACUGUGAGCGGAGCACCACACCUGCGCCGUGAUGGAUAGACUGAAGCUGUCCCGCAUAGACGAGGAGCUGGAGUCCUCUGAGGUGGCAGCGCUGUGCUUCUUGUGUCGCGAUGUUGUCAACAGGAAACGCCUGGAGGGGAUCGGGGAUGCAAAAGGGCUGUUCUUGAGACUAGAAGAAAAAGGUCUGCUGGAUAAUGAUUUCUUCCUUUCUCAGCUGCUCCAAACCAUCCGUCGAGAAGAUCUCCUCAACCUCCUGGAGACAGACAGCAGGACACCAGAGGAAACAGAUGCAAGGCCUAGCCUUUCAGCAUACAGGGUGAUGCUGUACAAUGUAUAUGAGGACAUGACUCAGGAGAAUCUCGAAAAGAUGAAGUUUCUUUUGACCAGCAAGUUGGGCAAAAGACAAAUAGAGACCAGCGAUACAGCGCUGGAUUUAUUUGCUGAAAUGGAAAAGACCAGUUUACUCUCAAAUACAAAUGUUUAUGAGCUGCUUAAAAUACUGCGGGAGUUCGAUCAACAACUGGCAUUGAUUGUGCAGCGCUACAGAAACAGGGAAACCCUACAGGGUCAGAGGAGAUCACCUCAUCAUGUCAGUAUGGAUUACCAGAGGGUCAACAGCAGCUCUCAGCCGCCACGGCCUAGUAUAUUGAUAUCUGAGACUCAGCCCAGUUAUGAAGAAGGGAGUGUUUAUGCUGAUGCAGAACCAAACUCUCUUCUAGAUGAGACAGAGGAGUACACUCUGAAGCAUAUCCCUCGUGGUUUUUGUGUGGUCCUCAACAAUGAGGUCUUCUUGGGACAAGAGCUGAGAAAUCGAGGGGGAACUCAGGAGGAUGCGAGGGCUCUGGACUCUGUGUUCACCAGCCUUGGCUUUACAGUGGUGGUUCACAAUAACCUGUCUGCUGACGCCAUGCGACAGACGCUAAAAGAGCUCGGCAAAAAGAAUUUUUUGAAUCAUGAUGCCUUGGUGGUCUGCGUGCUCUCCCAUGGAGAAAAGGGAUGUGUCUUUGGGUCUGAUGAGCAGCAGGUGUUAUUGCGAGAACUGACAGAGCCCUUCACGAGCAAGAGAGCCCCCACCUUGGCAGGGAAGCCCAAACUGUUCUUCAUCCAGGCGUGCCAGGGAGGUGGCUACCAGGGAGGAUCCAUCCCAUGUCCCCCGAUGCCAAAACAGGAGGAAGGGGUCGGACAGAGCCACCUGGAGGAAGACGCAGGUCGUCUCCAUGCCGAGACCGUGCCUUGGGAUGCUGACUUCCUGCUGGGCAUGGCCACCGUGCCAGAGUACAAGUCGUUUCGAAACACUUCCACAGGCUCCAUCUACAUCCAGGAGCUUUGCAGGCAGCUGAAAAAAUCAGCUGAAAGCUCGAUGAAGGAUGAUAUACUCACUGUUCUGACACGUGUGAACAGGGAGGUCAGCAAAGGAGAGUAUCGGAACUACAAACAAAUGCCAGAGCCCAAGUACACUCUGACCAAGAAGCUUGUCCUCAAAUUUGUGUGAGCUGACUGGAACCAAGUGCAACACUGCCAAUGUGCAAGAUUCCCUUACCCAUAAAAUGUGUGUAUGACUGUGAUUGAGUGUAUGUAUGUUUAAUCUCUUUGUACGGUACAGAUGGUUGGAUGAAUUUAAAUGUCGGUGUCUUUGUAGUUGUGCCGAGAAGAUGAUGUCUGUUAAACUUGAGAACAAAAAAGCAUAAUGGCAAAUAAAAUGUUUACAUUUGUCUUUCA